AUAUGUAAUCAGCACAUGUUGUGUUUUACAGCUGCCUUGGACGAUGACAAGAUCGUUGGAGGAUAUACCUGUGGCGCCUACUCUCAGCCCUGGCAGGUAUCUCUGAACUCCGGAUAUCACUUCUGUGGUGGAUCCCUCAUCAACUCCCUGUGGGUGGUCUCUGCUGCUCACUGUUACAAGGCGAGCAUGCAGGUCAGACUCGGAGAGCACAACAUUGCUGUCUCUGAGGGCACCGAGCAGUUCAUCAACUCUGCCAAGGUCAUCAGAAAUGCUGCAUACAACUCCAGAACCCUGGACAACGACAUCAUGUUGGUCAAGCUGGCCUCUCCCGCCACCCUCAACUCCUACGUCAAGAGCGUGCCUCUGCCCGGUGGUUGCGCUGCUGCCGGCACAAGCUGUGUGAUCUCCGGAUGGGGCAAUACCCUUAGCAGUGGAACCAACAUGCCUAACCUCCUGCAGUGUGUGAACGCCCCCAUCCUGACUUCCGCCCAGUGCAGCAAUGCCUACCCCGGAGAGAUUACCGGCAACAUGAUCUGCGUUGGCUACCUGGAGGGAGGCAAGGAUUCCUGCCAGGGUGACUCUGGUGGCCCCGUGGUGUGUAACGGACAGCUCCAGGGUAUUGUCUCCUGGGGAUACGGCUGUGCCCUGAGGAACUACCCCGGUGUCUACACCAAGGUCUGCAACUACAACUCCUGGAUCGCCAGCACUCAGGCUGCCAACUGAACU